AUGUCUGGAGGUCGUCCACCCCCACCCUCGCUACUCAGCAAACGCUUGCCCGCUACAGCCUGCAGCCGCCCUCCCGCCACCACACCCCUCCCGGCCAUUGCCAACGAAGCGACGGCAUCCACAGCUGGCCCAUCCCCGCCAUCGCCCUCACGCGCCCGGCCUCUCACCCCCCCUAUCCUCGUGUUGCCCAGGGCCAUCGGGUUACAUGUAAACCCAAUGCAGAGGGCAACGGUCCCGCUUCGCCGCCUCCCAGAAAACCCUCGCGCUCCCCACCAGUUCCGGCAUAAGUCCCCAGUUGUCAAAGUCAUUUCCACGAAGCACCUCCCAGAUCGCAAUUCCCAACCAACCCGCUCCGGGCCCAGCAACUCAAAGCCCGGGGCCCACGGCCUCCCUUAG